AUGGAUCUUUCAGUUUUGCCAAACAACAACCACCCUGACAAAUUCCUGCAACUUGAAGUGAAAUCUCUGAUAAAGAAGUCUGCCGUUCCUCCAGCCAAUCUCCCAAUACUAGGUGGCAGUUAUCCAGCCGCUCAGAACUGGCAUAACCUGGUCUACUCACAGAGAGAAAAGAGAAAUGUUGCUGAGCAGGUUGGUGGCAAAUCGAGUGUGAAAGACCCAAUGGUUAUCAAUUGCAUUCUGGGUGAACACACUACCUCCACUUUCAAACUGAAGAAUAAUCCUUUGUAUGGAGACAUAAGACUAGAGGAGGCCAUGGAAGAAAGAAAACAAAGCCCUUCUUGGACCAUCCAAGACUAUGACAAGCAUUCUCUACAGUCUAACCUCUCUGGAUUUUUAAAGGAAAAUCCUAAUGAUCUACGGUUUUGGUUGGGGGACACAUACACACCUGGAUAUGAUGCCUUGUUGAAAAAGAAAGAGCGACAACGGAAGCAAUCUAAAUACUGCCGAAUAAGCCUGAUCGUGUUGGUGGCUGCCUGUAUUUUGGUUUCUGUAAUUACUAUUUGCAAUUUCCUUGCCUGA